AUGGCAGCCACAGCAGGGAAGGCGAGCGGGACAGGGGCUCUGCAGGCCAGGGCCCAGAAAGGCCGGGUGAGGCGGGCUGUGCGCAUCUCCAGCCUCGUGGCCCAAGAGGUGCUGUCCCUGGGUGCGGAUGUGCUGCCGGAGUACAAGCUGCAGGCGCCACGUAUCCACCGCUGGACCAUCCUGCACUACAGCCCCUUCAAGGCUGUGUGGGACUGGCUCAUCCUACUGCUGGUCAUCUACACAGCUGUCUUCACGCCUUACUCAGCUGCCUUCCUGCUGAAGGAGACUGAGGAGGGCCCCCCGGCCCCCGACUGCGGCUAUGCUUGCCAGCCACUGGCUGUGGUGGACCUCAUUGUGGACAUCAUGUUCAUCGUGGACAUCCUCAUCAACUUCCGCACCACCUACGUCAACGCCAAUGAGGAGGUGGUCAGCCACCCCGGCCGCAUCGCCGUUCACUACUUCAAGGGCUGGUUCCUCAUCGACAUGGUGGCCGCCAUCCCCUUUGACCUGCUCAUCUUCGGCUCUGGCUCUGAGGAGCUGAUUGGGCUGCUGAAGACAGCACGGCUGCUGCGGCUGGUGCGCGUGGCCCGGAAACUGGACCGCUACUCGGAGUAUGGGGCGGCCGUGCUCUUCCUGCUCAUGUGCACCUUCGCACUCAUUGCGCACUGGCUGGCCUGCAUCUGGUACGCCAUUGGCAACAUGGAGCAGCCUCACAUGGAUUCGCGCAUCGGCUGGCUGCACAACCUGGGUGACCAGAUUGGCAAGCCCUACAACAGCAGUGGCCUGGGCGGCCCCUCCAUCAAGGACAAGUAUGUCACAGCACUCUACUUCACCUUCAGCAGCCUGACCAGCGUGGGCUUUGGCAAUGUCUCUCCCAACACCAACUCGGAGAAGAUCUUCUCCAUCUGCGUCAUGCUCAUCGGCUCACUCAUGUACGCCAGCAUCUUCGGCAACGUGUCGGCUAUCAUCCAGCGGCUAUACUCAGGUACCGCUCGCUACCACACGCAGAUGCUGCGCGUUCGGGAGUUCAUCCGCUUCCACCAGAUCCCCAACCCACUGCGGCAGCGCCUUGAGGAGUACUUCCAGCACGCCUGGUCCUACACCAACGGCAUCGACAUGAACGCGGUGCUGAAGGGCUUCCCGGAGUGCCUGCAAGCUGACAUCUGCCUGCACCUGAACCGCUCGCUACUGCAGCACUGUAAACCCUUCCGUGGGGCCACCAAGGGCUGCCUGCGGGCUCUGGCCAUGAAGUUCAAGACAACCCACGCGCCACCUGGGGACACGCUGGUGCAUGCAGGGGACCUGCUCACUGCCCUUUACUUCAUCUCCCGGGGCUCCAUCGAGAUACUGCGGGGCGAUGUUGUUGUGGCCAUCCUAGGGAAGAAUGACAUCUUUGGAGAGCCCCUGAACCUGUAUGCGCGGCCUGGCAAGUCCAACGGGGAUGUGCGUGCCCUCACCUACUGUGACCUGCACAAGAUCCACCGGGACGACCUGCUCGAGGUGCUGGACAUGUACCCUGAGUUCUCUGACCACUUCUGGUCUAGCCUGGAGAUCACCUUCAACCUUCGAGACACCAACAUGAUCCCUGGCUCUCCGGGCAGCACAGAGCUUGACGGCUUCAGCAGGCAGCGCAGGCGUAAGCUGUCCUUCCGCAGGCGCACGGACAAGGAUGUGGAGCAACCAGGGGAGGUGUCGGCCUUGGGGCCGGGCCGGGCAGGGGCAGGGCCGAGUGACCGGGGCCGGCCGGGAGGGCCAUGGGGGGAGAGCCCAUCCAGCGGUCCCUCCAGCCCCGAGAGCAGUGAGGAUGAGGGUCCAGGCCGCAGUUCCAGCCCCCUCCGCCUGGUGCCCUUCUCCAGCCCCAGGGCCCCCGGAGAGCUGCCAGGUGGGGAGCCCCUGACGGAGGACUGUGAGAAGCGCAGUGACACCUGUAACCCGCUGUCAGGUGCCUUCUCGGGAGUGUCCAACAUCUUCAGCUUCUGGGGGGACAGUCGAGGCCGCCAGUACCAGGAGCUGCCUCGCUGCCCCGCCACCACCCCCAGCCUCCUCAACAUCCCCCUUUCUAGCCCAGGCCGCCGGCCUCGGGGUGACGUGGAGAGCAGGCUGGAUGCCCUCCAGAGGCAGCUCAACAGACUAGAGACCCGACUGAGUGCGGACAUGGCCACUGUGCUACAGCUGCUACAGAGGCAGAUGACACUGGUUCCGCCCGCCUACAGUGCUGUGACCUCCCCGGGACCCGGCCCCACCUCUGCCUCCCCUCUGCUGCCUGUCAGCCCCAUCCCCAUCCUCACCCUGGACUCGCUUUCUCAGGUUUCCCAGUUCAUGGCGUGUGAGGAGCUCCCCCCAGGGGCCCCAGAGCUCCCCCAGGAUGGCCCCACCCGACGCCUCUCCCUGCCGGGCCAGCUGGGGGCCCUCACCUCCCAGCCCCUGCACAGACACGGCUCAGACCCAGGCAGUUAGUGGGGCUGCCCAGUGUGGACACAUGGCUCACCCAGGCUCAGGGCAUGGCCUGGGCCCUCCCCUCUGAUGCCUGUUCAGGUGGCCCUGGCCAUGGAUAGCACAAAUCCUCCCCAGCCUCGGGACCAUCUCCUCCUGCAGUCCCCAGGGCCCCAGUGGGAGGGGCAGGGGCAGGGCUGGGCAGUGGACAGGGGGCCUGUGGUCUCGCCCUGCCCUGGGGGCAUUAGCUGGUCUAACUGCCCGGAGGCACCUGGCCUGGGCCUUAGGCACCUCAAGGACUUUUCUGGUAUUUACUGCUCUUAUUGUUAAGGAUCAUAAUUAAGGAUCGUAUGAAUAAUUAAUGAAGAUGCUGAUGACUAUGAAUAAUAAAUAAUUAUCCUGAGGAGACUCCAGUGGUGCUGGGAGGGCACAGCCCUCAGCAUGCUGGGCCGAGCAUCUACAUUCAGGACAUGCUGCGUGUGCGUGCACUGGCCCAUCUGUGCGGGAAUCCACUGGGGAUGAC